UUUAACGUCACUCUUCAGUUGAGUAAUGUGAAGUUUGCAUGCAGUGGGCCAAAAUGAACACAGCCAAAAGGAAAUCUCGUACAGUGGAAGAAAAGCAUGCAAUUAUCGAAGCAUACAACGAAAUCAAGACGCACCAGGGAGCAAAAGCCAAAAUUUGCAAGCGAUUUCAACAUUAGACGCUAUUCUGAAGAAAGAAUUUGAAAUUACCAGAUUUUUCACACGUGCAAUAACUGACAAAACACCUAAAGGCAAGCAGUUACCCGGAGCUUGACCAGAAGUUAUAUGGAUGGUUUCUGCGAAUACGUUGCAACAAAGUGGAAAUCAGUGGUGAUGCGAUGUUAGCAAAAGUGAAGGAGUAUGCAGAAGAAUUGAAACUUACCAAUUUUUCGGCUAGCAGAGGAUAUCUAGCAAAUUUCAAAAACAGAUACGGUAUCAAAUUCAAGAAACUACACGGGGAAGGAGGCACAUUGUCAAUGGAGAUCGUGGAUAGCUGGACUAUAGUGUUGAGAUCAGUUAUCGAGAGUUAUCGCCCGGAAGAUAUCUAUAAUUGGGACGAAACCGGAUUAUUCUACACCCAGACGAAAAAUGCAUCCCACAUCACUGCUCAGGAGUCAAAUGACAGCAAUAUGAGAGGUAAAAAAGAAUCGAAACAAAGACUUACUAUUUUGGUAGGAGCAUCUUUGGCUGGCAAAAAACUGCCACUGAUAAUGAUUGACAAGUCUGCAAAACCACGUGCCUUCAGAAACGUCAAUCAUUUGCCAGUAAAGUAUUACAGUCAAGGCAAAGCAUGGAUGAACUCUGAAAUUUUUGUUGACAAAAACGUAAAGUGAUGCUUUUCCUCGAUAACUGCAGAGCCCAUACUGAAAUCACGCUUGAGCAUGUUGAACUGAAAUUUUUCCACCGAAUACAAUAUCGCGCUGUCAACCAAUGGAUAUGGGAAUUAUUCAAAGUCUCAAAAGCCAUUAUAAGAACGAAGUUACCAGACGACAUGUUACUGCUUUGGACUGUGGAGAACAACGUGCAAACAUCUCCGUGCUGGAUGCCAUGCACAUGCUGAAAAAAAGCUGGGAUGGUGGUGUAUCAGUUGGAACGGUUCAAAACUGCUUCCGAAAAGCGGGUUUCUGUAAAGAAGUUGACACUGAUGUGGAAGAAAUAGUGAGCGAGGAGACUACUCCUCCAAAUGAAAGGUUUGAUGAUGACACAAUUUCAACAAGCGAACCUUUCGCUGAGCCAGAAGCAGAUAAUGACGAUGAAAAUGAUGUUUUUUUGGUGGAAUCUGGAAGUGAAGCAUCAACGACUAAGGAAUUUACUGUUCCCGGGAUCCAAACAGUUCAUCAUAGCAUCGAAGUUUUGCGACAGUAUUUCCAAGCAGAAGGUAAACCCGAGGACUUGCAACAAGUUCACCUACUUUACGAAACUAUUCAACAGCACUCUAUUGCUAAGAAACGGCAAUCGUCCCUGCUCGAUUAUUUUGAUACUUA